CCUAGUAUGCUCCUGUCUGUGGUGGUAGCUGUGUGUGUAGUGGUUGUAAGUGUACUGUACUUCUUAAUGCGGGGUUUUGAAAACAAGAAGAAACUGCCUGUCACCCUGCAAGGCCCUAUGGUUAAAUAUCCUCUAAAGCUUAUCGAUAAAAAGGAAAUUAGUCAUGACACAAAGAAAUUUCGCUUUGGCCUUCCCUCUUCAGAUCAUAUCCUUGGACGGCCAGUAGGUCAGCACGUGUAUCUCUCAGCCAAGGUGAAUGGCAGCCUCGUCGUCAGAGCCUGCACGCCGGUCUCCAGUGAUGACCAACAAGGAUAUGUUGACCUUGUUGUCAAGGUGUACUAUAAGAACACUCACACAUCAUUCCCAGAGGGAGGGAAAAUGUCGCAGUAUCUGGACAAUAUGGCUGGUGGAGACGUAAUUGACUUCAGAGGACCUAAUGGACUGCUAAUGUAUAGGGGCAAGGGUCAGUUUUCCAUCCGACCGGACAAGAAGUCAGAACCAAGGAGUUUGAAGUCCAAACACAUUGGCAUGAUCGCUGGAGGAACAGGUAUCACAUCAAUGCUGCAGUUAAUUCGGACAAUCACAAUCGACCCCAGUGACAACACGAUGUGCCAUCUCAUUUUUGCCAACCAGACAGAGAAAGAUAUUCUACUCAGGGAGGCUGAGAUGGAGAAAAGAUAUCCUGACAAGCUGAAGCUCUGGUUUACACUGGACAAACCUACUGAGGGUUGGAAGUACAGUUCCGGGUUUUUGACUUCUACCAUGAUCAAGGCUCACCUCCCUGCUCCGUCCUCAGACGUGCUUGUUGUUCUGUGCGGUCCUCCUCCAAUGAUUCAUCAUGCAUGUUUGCCAAAUCUGGAUAAACUGGGAUACAAGACAGAACACAUCUUUGCAUACUAA